CUUUGAUGAAAAAAGUACCCUCCCUCUGCUACCUUUCUUUUUUCCUUUUUCUAUUUUACUGGGUAAGUGAUCAUCGUUUAUAUUAUAUUGAUUUAUCUAAUAUUUUUGAUUCAAACUUUUAUAGAAGAAAGGUUAGCAAGGUUUUGUCUCCUCCUUUUUGUCUUCCCUUGGCCAUACUAAAGGAGGAUGGCAUGGUUCUGCACAUCUUGGGAUUCGGUUGGGCGCUGAAGUCCGACUCUGCCUCCUCCAUGGGGGCGGGCUCGGUGGCGUGUUUUUUUCCGUGUGUUCUUUUCUAUGAACAAAUGAAGGUGUAUCCAUUCAUCUCUAUAAAAUAAUCAUACCUCUUGUUCCCUUUUAUUCUCGUCCUGCUUGAUGGACGUGGACUCUAAUUCAUCAUUUUUAUUAUUAAUUACAUUUGAAAAUCAAUAAAGAAAAA